GUUCAUUAUUUGUAGGAUUAUUAGAGUUCCAUUCUCUAUUUAAAGUAGUAGAUGGAUAGAUGAGGGGAAUCAAGUAUAAUAAGAAAAGAAUUUUACACACUUACGUGUUAAUUAAUUUGGGAGGUUGAUUUUCCUCGAAAAAGUUUAGGGGUUCCAUUCUCGCCAUUAAGGAGAACACUUCUCUUCUACCAUUCUAUCAAUCUUUCCUCCAUUCUUAUUCUUCAUAUCCCGAUCCUUCACCCUAAAUUCUAUUCUCCGAAAAGUGCACGUAAUAGAUUAUUUGAUUGUUUGUACUAUUAUAUGUUUUUGUGACAUGAUGUUUCAUUGAACAGGAGCGAGGAUUGGGGAGGCGAGCCAGGGAAGAACUGCUACAACGAGACGACACCGAUCAACAACGCGACGUACUGGGGGUCCGACAGCCGGAGGAGCAUAAUGCAGGUGAUCGGAGAGGAGUUCGGGAAGUCCAAGUAUCCGGUGACGUUCCUCAACAUAACCCAGCUGUCCAACUACCGGAAAGACGCACACACUUCCAUCUACAAGAAGCAGUGGAGCCCACUCACGGCGGAGCAGCUGGCCAACCCGGUCAGCUACGCCGACUGCACCCACUGGUGCCUCCCCGGGCUUCAAGAUACCUGGAACCAGCUCCUUUUUGCCAAGCUUUUCUAUCCUUGAUUUGAUUGAUUGAUCACAAAUGUAAUUAGUUAAUUAAUUGCUUCUCUUUUUUUUUUUUUUGUAUUUUCUUUAACAAUUUCUUUUCGGUUGUUAUUACCUGGGUUGAAAGCGAGGGUGAUGUACAAUUGCACAAGUUUUUAGUGAAAGGGCGGGGGGGAAAAGGCGAGAAAUAGAAUUUGAUUGAAUUUAGUAAGGGGUAGUUGGGGAUUUGGUCAUUUGGGACUUGCUUAGAAAUAUCUAGGUCAUUAAUUGGAUUCAUGAAUACAAUUCGUUGAAUCGGAUUAAAUAUGAGAAUUUUGU